UUGAUAUAUCUCUUACAAUUUCACUUCCCCUUUUUCCCCGUAACUAACUUACAAAUUAAUCACUCACUCACUUAACUAACAUAACGUUCUAACAAUGAUUCCCACAAUUUGCUCAGCUCACAUUUUCUCCCCAUCUUACUUCCGUGAUCCAAGAUUCCGGCCGUGUUUUUCGGCAACACAUUUUGGUCUUGUUUCUUAUACUAACAACAACCUUAACUAUAACAAUCAUAAUUUUCGUUCUAGCUAUUAUAAUAUAUCCGUGGGGAAAUUAAAUAAUGUGGAAGGUCGUCGGAAAAUGACGUCAGCGGUGGCUGCUGGCGGACCCAUGUUCUUCUCGGGGAACCUACUUGCCGGAGAUAUUUUUGCUAUGGUUUUUUCGGGUUGUUUCGCAUUAUCGAUAUUGAGAGGUUAUGAAGAAACUGCUAAGAGAGGGAUUUUUAAUCAGAAACUUAAUAGGAAGCUUGUACAUACAACAAUUGGGCUGGCAUUCAUGUUAUGCUGGCCUCUCUUCAGCUCAGGCCAUCAAGGAGCAGUUAUGGCAGCUCUUAUUCCUGCUAUCAACAUCGUAAAAGUGCUUCUUAUAGGACUUGGAAUAUGGAAAGAUGAAGCGGCUGUGAAAUCUAUGAGCAGAGAUGGAGACUAUAGAGAACUUAUUAAGGGACCGUUGUACUAUGCUUCUACAAUCGCUUUGUCGUCCUUAAUCUAUUGGAGAACAUCUCCCAUCGCAAUCGCUGCAAUUUGCAAUCUUUGUGCUGGAGAUGGUAUGGCUGAUAUUAUAGGAAGGCGAUUUGGAACAAGAAAGAUCCCUUAUAACAAGGACAAAUCUUUUGCAGGGAGUAUAGCUAUGGCAGCUGCUGGUUUCAUUGUGUCUCUCGGGUACAUGCAUUAUUUCUCCAUGUUUGGCUAUUUAGAAGAAAGUUGGCAAAUGAUCUUCGGCUUUUUGGUUAUCUCGAUUGCCAGUGCAUUGGUUGAAUCCCAUCCUAUAAGCACUACGUUUGAUGACAACCUCAUGGUUCCGCUUACAUCCGUCUUGGUGGGAACUUUAGUUUUCUGAUAAAAUGAUAUAUGUACAAUUUCAAAUGAGUUGUCAUGUGCAAUGAAAAAACCCUUUUUAUCAUUAGUUGAUCUUAAAUCUAGUUUAAUUAGCAUUCGUAUUUUGAUUC